AACCAUCCAAGGGCAUUAGGAAAUAACAUCAUCCCUCCCGAGAAAUCUCUUUCGUCGUCUAAUCUCCUAGCUUUGCCUUGACCUACUACUAACAUCAUCAAUGGCAUCCUCUCUCCGCUUUAACCAGACGACUCUUCUCUCAGCACAAACACACUCCUCCUCAAUAUCGCAACCCAUUAGAACUUCCCUCCUCAUACGAUGCGGUCCAAGGGGCAACCGCGGUCCACUCGUCAAAGGCAGGGUUCUAAGCAUAGAAGCAAUCCACGCCGUCCAAGCCCUAAAACGAGCCCACAGAUCCGACGACCCAUCCAAACUUCAAGAAAUCCUAUCCAAAACUCUCGUCCGUCUAAUAAAAGCAGACCUAAUCGCCGCUUUCAACGAGCUUCUCCGUCAAGACAGAUUCGACCUAGCGAUCGAGGUUUUCUCCGUCGUUCGAGCGGAAUCGUGGUACGAGACGAACUUAGGUUUGUAUGCAGAUCUGGUUUCGGCAAUGGCGAGAAAGGGAAUGACAGAUGAUAUCGAUCGAUUGAUGGAUGAAUUGGAGAUGGAAGGGAAGAUCCCUUGCGAGGAUAAGGGUUUGGCGAGGCUUGUCAAGGCAUUGAUGGCUGCUGAGAGGAAGGAAUCGACGGUUAGGAUUUAUCAGAUGAUGAGGAAGAGCGGGUGGGGGUUGAAUGGACCGGCCGAUGAAUACGUGGCUAAGGUUUUGACCGAGGGUUUAAGGAGAUUUGGUGAAGAAAGAUUAGCUUUUGAGAUUGAUUCUGAAUUUGAAACUCUUUCUAAGGGUCGAGGGUUCAAUCGUAAUUCUAUUCGUUAAUACCAUUUUGUUCUUAACUUAAUUAAUCUAAUAUAUUACUUUUUAAAUAUAA